AUGGGGACACACAAUAGCCUCCUUGUCACUAUUGCCGUUGUCAUUUGCGCCAUUGCUACGACCAGCACAGCAUAUAUCAAAGGCAAUGGUUGGGAACAGAUCCCAAACGUCAAUGACCCGAUGGUCCAGGAGAUUGGAAGGUGGGCGGUGGCUGAGCACGCCAGGCAAGCGAGCGAUGGGCUUCAGUUCAAGAGGGUGGUGAGCGGCAUGUUUCAAGUUGUGUCCGGCAAGAACUUUAAGCUCCGCAUUGACGCAGUGAACGGUGACAGCAAAGAUGGCGCGUACAGAGCGCAAGUAUAUGACCAGCCAUGGACUCAGACACGCACGCUAGAAUAUUUUGUUCCAACCAACUGA